AAACAGAAGAGCUUGCAUAAAAAAGAAGAGAAAAUGAGGAUAAAACAGCAGGUUGCAGCUGAGAAACAGAGACGAAAGGAAGCAGCAUCUGCCUUGAAAUUCCUUCGGCCUGAUCAGUGCAUGAAGCAAAUGAUCAUCUGUGUGGAUUCAGGUCUUCUAGAGCACCUUGGUUCUGAUGUCUUGCUGGAAGUUUUGGACUCUUUGGACUGUAAAUACUAUAUUGAAAGUCAGAGAAUUCCACAUAGUAUAACCUGGAAGAGAAAAAUAUUCAGCAGGACGCCUAAUUCAGAUGGUUGUCAAGAAGAGACCGCAGUGGAAAAGGAGGUCCUGUUAGUGAUGCAGCCUUCAUAUUUCCUCAGACAACUUUCAUCAUCGGUGCAGAAUGCAGGUCCCGAUAGCCAGCGGAGUCCACCAGAUCUUACUCAUCUGUGUCCCUUUCACAAUUUGGAAGAUCCUUCUACAGUAUCUUACAGCGUGGUUGUCAUCGGACUAGACACCUACCAAUGGUAUAACCAGAAUCAUCAGCUUCCGCAAGAACUGAUCCCGGGACUGGAGAAUGAAACAUUGCAACUUGGUCCAGAACAGUCCAUGACACGGCAUCAAAUUGAGGAGGCUCUGGUGGUGUUGCAACUCCGGGGUAACAUACAUGUCUUAUUCCUGGAAACGUGGCAGGAAUUGGCCCAGCAUGUUUCUGCAGUGACCAGAGCUGUAGCGCAGCGUCCGUAUAAGAAGCAUCAGGAAAAGCAGUUUUUCUCCUUCUGCACCAAAGGCAAGUGGGCUAGUGGUGUGCAUAUUAGCAAGGACGGGAAAGGGCUCCAGGACACCUGGCUGAAACAGAUCCAGCAGUUCAACCGAGUCAGUCCAGCCAUGGCAGCAGCCAUUGCCCAAGCCUUCCCUUCGCCAAGUCUGCUGCUACAGGCCUACCAAGAAUGCAAUACAGAUGCAGACAGACAACUUCUAUUAAGCCACCUCCAGAUCAGGACCGAGGACAAUAAAACAGAGAGACGGAUUGGCCCAGACCUGUCUCGCCGGGUCUACCUUUUCAUGGUAUCUACAAAUCCAGAGCUUGUCCUAGAUUUAAGCUGUUGAAGCACCUGUUCUAACCACCGGGUCGUGGCUCCUUAGCCUUGUAGCUUCCUGCCAAAGCUAUAGGAUUUAUUGCAGAAAUUGAGUUUGGCAAAAUCAAUCAAUGUCUUUGUGCACAAAUGCGAUCAAUGAGACUCUCUUUGACUGUUUUUUUUUUAAAUCUCCAUUCUUCUG